UCAGGAAACUGCCAUUGAGAGAUCUAAUGAUUGCAGACUGUUGUGUCAGAUAAACUUGUUGGAUACAUGAUAAUAUCCAGUUGUCAGGAGAGACUGUGACUAUGGAUAUAAAAGCUCUAAGUUAUACCUAAUGAAGGGUAAGCAUGAAGGUUACUAGAGGGCAUUAGGGGCACCAGCAAGCGUCAACAACCCUGGGAAAAAUUGAACCAAUGGCCGUCUUUGUUGUUUUCAGGCGUCUGUAACCACUGAUGAAGAUGUGAAACUUUCUCAAUAUAAAACUAAAGAAAAUAAGUUGAAACAAGCAUAGGAAGUACUUUAGAAAAGAUAAUCGCAAAGGGCAUUACAGCGCAUAAUUACCGUUGAAAAUAUUGAAGUAAUGAUCGUCUUUGUUUUCGUUUUCAGGCAUCUGUGAUGAAGAAUUUGCGCUGAGAAAUAUAAAACUUGAAAAUAAACUGAAACAGAGAGAAGAAUAAAGAAUUUAAAGAAAAAAAAAGAGAAAGUGACACAGCACACGUCAACUUUGUAGUAUAUUAGUUAAGGGAGAGAACAAAUGGUAAAAAGCCAGCCAGUUGAAGUAGCCAGCACAGGGCAGUCAAGACUCCUGGUGUAUCGUGAUUACUUUUAAGUUUUCUCCUUUUAAUGUUAUUUUACAAAUAUUUUGUGUUGUCAUAUAAAACCUCCUACAUGGUGCUUAAAUAACAUAUCAAGAGUUCUCGUUUUACUGCUGGAAACACAUUUGUUGAAGUACCACUGUUUAUUAGUAGAAUGACUGCCAGAAACAAAGUGAACUAAUCGUUACUGUAUUAUAACCAAUUACAGACUAUAUUCACAUAAUGACCAUAAUGUUGAUGGUAAUACAAAGGUUAUGAGGUCAUCCCAUAUCAUGUUAUCCCCUAGAAGACACGACAGCAAGCUAUUCUUGAGUUCACAUUGACAGUAAAGUGGGCAGGAGAGGGAUGCUGGUGUGCCUGAGAAGGCUGUGACUGUGGUGCUGUGCUUGCGGAGGUUUGUGGCAAGCAGUAGGACUGCACUGAGCACAGAAGAGAAUGGGAAGUGCCUCAUCUAAGUUCAAGAAAUAUCUUCAACAUGGCGACGAAUUUGCUGCUAUGCAGGUGUUUCAGAGUUCUCCUGAAUUGCGUUCCAAUCUUGAUCCCAGUGCCAGCUAUGGGGAAUCUCAUGGCCACAACACUCCCUUGCACUAUGCAGCCAAACAUGGAAUGAAACAUUUAUUAAGGACCUUUCUCUGUGAUCUCGGUGGCAAUCCAAACAAGAAAAAUGCAGAUGACGAAAGUUCUGUUCAUUGUGUGUGUCGUGUCGGCCAAGCAAAAUCACCUUCAGCUGAGGACAGACGAGCUGCAUGUGUCGUUAUGAUACUUCAGUGGCGUGGACCAGUACUGCAGGAUGGAGAGAAGGAGAGAGCACAGUUAAAUGCACAAGAUAAGAAGGGGAAUACAGCACUCCACUAUGCGUCGGCAUCAGGUCUUCGGAAGUGUGUGGAAUUACUGGUGGCUCAGGGAGCUGGACUUUUUAUUGAAAACCGUGAUAGACUGACACCUUGUGAUCUGGCUGUUAGAUCAACACAUCAUGACGUGGCUACUUAUUUAGAAUCACGCAUGGUGUUUGCUGACAGUAGUGAUGGGGUUAAUGAGGGGGAGCUGGUUGGCAACGAGGUCGAGACUGAAUGUGACAACGAGGUAUACUCUGGUCUGCGAGCACAAGACUUACAAGAAGCAAAAGACCAAUUGUUGGUUGAGACAGCAGACAUGCUGCAUAUUCCACUCUUUACUGCCGAGGCUCUACUCAGGGAUAAUGAAUGGUCUAAGGCAUUGCUCUUGGAAAAAUGGAUGACAAAUGCUGUUCAAUGCUGUGAAGAAGCAGGCAUAGCACCUCCAGCAUCUGCUCUCCAACUUGUUGCUCCCACUCCUCCAAUGAUCACUCCAUCCCCCCCCAACUCUGUCAUUACACCUCCCCCACCUCCACAUAUUCCAGGGGAAAGCAUUGAGGAAGAUGAAGAUGUGGAGGGAGAGGGACAAAACCUGUGUGAAAUCUGUUAUGGAGAGAUGAGAGCCUGGGAGCUGGGGGAACAUGGAGGCACAAGUUGCCAGCACCAGUUUUGUGCCACGUGCUGGGAGAGUUACCUCACUCUCAAGAUCCAGGAGGGCGGGGCACACCAUAUCCUCUGUCCGGCCGUCCGUUGUAAUAUUCUAGUGGAUGUAGAUUUUAUUGAAAAGAUGGUUAGUCCAGAGAUAGCAAGAAAAUACUUGCAAUUUGACAUUCAAGCAUUUGUUGAUAGAAACAAGACAAUCAAAUGGUGCCCACUUCCGGGCUGUGGCAGAGCUGUUAAGUUCCCAGAAGCUGAGCUUGAAACACAACCAUUUUAUUUUCCCAAUACUAAACCUCCUCCCAAAACAUCCCAUGCUGUUGACUGUGGCAAUGGCCAUUUUUUUUGCUGGGAGUGUUUAGGUGAAGCUCAUUCACCUUCGGGCUGUGAGCAGUGGAUUGAAUGGCAGAGCAAAGUGGCAGAGAUCAAGCCUGAAGAACUACGUAUAAGUUCAGGUGAAACAGAAGAUGCUGCCAACUUCCUUUGGCUUGUAACCAAUUCAAAGCCAUGCCCAAAUUGCAAGAGUCCAAUUCAGAAGAAUGAGGGAUGCAAUCACAUGAAGUGCUCCAAGUGUAAAUUUGACUUCUGCUGGGUGUGUCUGGAGAGCUGGAAGAAGCACUCCUCAGCUACUGGUGGAUACUUCCGAUGCAACAGAUUUGAUGCUCAGAGCAAAGCUGAUGAAAAGCUGGGAGUAUUGCUUUCUGAAGCCACUGUUCGGAAUCAUCAGAUGCAAGAAUUGAAUCGUUUUAUUCACUAUUACACCCGAUUUAAAAACCACCAAAAUUCCUUGAAAAUGGAAGAGCCUUUAUUAAAAACUGCACGUGACAAGAUGGAGGUCCUGGCCACUUCCCUCCCAUCCCAGGAGCAACAAGGACAAGCGGCAGUAGAAAAGGGCACUCGAUUUGUUGAAGAAGGAGUGAAGGAGUUACUGAAGGCCCGAAGAGUACUCUGUGGGUCUUAUGUGUAUGGAUAUUAUUUAGAGGAUAAUGGCUAUAAUAAAACCAUCUUUGAGUAUAUGCAGAAUGAAUUAGAGGAGGUAACGGAGAAGCUGUCGGAAAUGGUGGCUCGUCAGUAUCUUGUGACACCUCGUGGGCAAAUCAUUGCCACCACCUUACUUGCUCGUCGCAGGAGACAUAAAUUUGUACGGGCAGUGAGUAGGGGUCUUUUACCCCCUGAAACUCCGCCUUCGCUUCGUAGAUCACGCAAGAGACGAUUGCCUGGCCUUAUGGGAAUGGACCCAGCUGAUGAUAUGGAGAAUGUUGAAGCCAUGGGCAGAGCUUUGGAUCCCUCUCAACCAUGGGUGAAGGACUCACGUGGCCGCCACACCAAUUUGGCUGCACUAUUAGACUGGCCAGAUCUUGAUUCUGAUGAAGAGGACAGUAGUCUGAACCAGGCACUGACUCUGACUCUUCUGGGGAAGUGCAACAGAAAGACUUGCCCCAGACCUCGUGCCCGUAACCCUCGCACUGGAGCUAUCCAUGAUUACUGCUCCUUGCGAUGUGCCCAGCAAGCCAAGUAUCUUCCAGAGCAAGGUGAUGGAGAGACUUCAUCUUGGGAAGGAUGCGAUUCCAGUAUGGAACUUCUUAUUGCCCUUGAAAUGUCUCGGCUCCAAAUGAUUGAAGACGAGGCCAGGAGAAGACUGUCGUGGCUGCAGGAGCAUUCCAGAGAACAAGGAUGGGAUGGAACUGGGGAUCCCAGGAGUAUUCAGGGGCGCAGUGAUGGUGCUAGUGGACCAGGAGCAACUCUAGCAAGUAGCAUUCUUGGGUAUGAGGUAUCAUACUGUGGUAGCAGGGUGACAGGAGGCCAGGACGAAGCCUCUGCAUGGCCGUGCCCUGAUGUAUCGGAAGGGGCAACUUCCUACCAGCCAACAAGUGCUGAAAUUGCAGUGGAUUACUUCCUAAAGAAAUUAGCCAACAAAGAGAUCAGCUUAAGGAAUCUCAAUGUGGACAAGGACUGGGAUAAUAAAACAGAUAAGGAUCUCUUGUGUUUUCCAAAAGUGGCAAAUGAAGUAGAGGAUGGGCAUUUUGAAUAUGGUGACCUACAUGAAAAUGGACAUCUCCUGAUCUCUGGCCCGUCCACUGACCUGAGACGAGAUCUACGCAGAUCGCAGUCCUUGGGAGACUUAAAGAACUCUGAAGAACCAGAAUGUAUGAUUGAUUCUGAUCAUGUUCAUCAGGACCAUCCAGAAGAGACAGCCAGGCUUAGAUUGUCAAAACCUAAACAGGAAAGUAUAGAUAUGGAAUCCGAAAGUGGAGAUAUUGAAAAUACUGAUCCUGGAGCUGCAUCAGAGAUUAUUGGAGAUAUGGACUCCCCUAUGAUGGAUAUGGAAGUGCGUGGUAUAUUGAGUCAGUUGGAUAAUCCAUUGGAUGAGCAGUGUGGUGGGAGUGGGGCUAGCAUUAACCUAGAUCCAAUAUUUCAGCAUGAGCCUUCUUUUCAGCUAAUAGUAGAUGAAGGAACAGAUAAAGAUGAAAGUAAUUCCACAGAACAGAGUAGUAGUGCCCCAUCAAAUGUGAAAGGUCUUAGAAUUCAAAUAUCUCAUUCCUCUAAACUUGAAAAUCAGAGUUCAAAUGAAUAUGAAUCUGAGACAGGGAUACCCAAUUCACCAACACUUUAUAUCAGUGGAGUGUCUAUUUGUCGAUCACCUGAGCCUCGUUCCCCAAAGGUCCAGCACAGAGAAACACGGUCACCAAGCCUGACACUCCCCUUAUGCUGUACACCAGAGCCAAGGUCUCGUAUUGAGGCCCGUUUGGACACUUCGCCUUUACCAAUAUAUAGUCGAUCUCGGUCUUCAUCAUUGGUGGUGCCUAGUUCUGCGAGUCUCUCACCAAGAGUCUCUGCACGACCAAGUGGGACAUGCCUACAUCUAUCGUCCUUGUCUCUCCAAGCUACCAGAGCCACCUCACCUUUUCUCCUUGGUGAACUACGUGUCUCACGGUCGGCAUCAGAGCCUGAGAAAGGACGGUUAGUAUUCCAGUUUCCCAAGUCUCCAACUGACGGUGCUCUUAGCUCAGUGUUGCAUGUUGAAGAGUCUAAUUUGAGCUCAGAUGACUUCCAUGAAGCUCUCUUUUUAGGAAAAUCUCCAAAACCAUCUAAAAGAAAAAAAUCUAAAAAAGAGAGAAAUAAAGAUGCAAAAGAUAGGAGUAAAACAGAAAAGGAGGGUAAAGAGAGAAACAAAGACAAUAAGCAAAAAGAUAAGAGUAAGGAAAAUGGAAAAGAAGCCAAAGAGAGAAAAGAAAGCAAGGAAAAAAGAAAAGGUAAGGAACUUACCUCUACUGUAUGAUCUUUACUCAGAUUCUGAAUCCCCAGCUUAUUUCUCAGUGAGUGGUGUGUUCAGAUAGUGUCAUUGCAGCAGAUAUUUAUAUACUGUACAAUAAAAAUUACUAAUGGGAAAACACAGUGAACUGAAUGUAAUGUACUGCCCUACUUUUAACAAAGAAAACAAAAACAGAAAACAAUUUUAUGCUAACUCAGUAAUACCGAAAAAGUGUUUAUAAUCAAGAAAGUGAUGGGAAUUUUACAUAGAUGGUGUAUGGAGUUGUAUGCACUUGUGAAAUAACACUAAGCCUUCUGAUAUAAUUAUGAUAAGGUUUGAAAUCACUGCUUUAAUCAAGUUAGGAUUUUAUACAGUUACAUCAUACAUGUCCUGUCAUCAUGUCUUACUCCAGGCAUCAUUUUUUUUUUCCUCCCUACCUGUGAUAAUAUAGUCAUAUUUAGCUGUUGCUUUGAAUGUAAUUCGUUUAUUAUUGUGUAAAGAAUCUGUCUGUGAUCAUAACUUUUUUUAUAUGAGGUGCAUGAAUGCUCAUCUUGGCCAUACAUCUCAAGUUUGGAGAUACAUCAAUGGUACUUUUGAUGGUAGAACUGAAUGCCUUUUUGUGAGAAUAUAUUAGUGUUCUUAUUGAAAUGUAGAUAGGAUUUUGUAAGGUUUUUAAAAAGAAAACUUAUAUACGACUUUACUGUAUGAAGAGUUCUGUGAUUUUUUGUGGCUGAAACCAAUUUGGGUAGGUAAGAUAGUUUGCCAGGCAGUCCGUUAGUCAUCCUCUCCCUACAUGUAGUUAGCCAGUCAUAGAAGACAAGUAGAAUAUGUUUAUAUUAAGCAGCUGAUGCAACCACUAAAUACAAUUAAAACUGGGUCCAAACCAGCACAGUUGGUGGUGCAAUCAUUUAAGAACUGACUUGUGGUGAGGACUCUUAAUGUGGAUGCAGUCAUUGCACUAUGAUAUACAUUUUCAUAAUGAUAGUAUGGAUAAAAGCUAGUUUACUAUGCACACUGAGAGUUUGACAGAGGUGGCAUAAUAUUCUGUUGUAUGAAAAAUUAAAUUUUCCAUUUUA